CCCAUUCUCCUCUCCUGCCGCACUCCACGGCUGCACGCCUGCAAACGUAAAAAAGAAGGCCAAGGCUAAUCAGCUCCAGCCGGUUCUAUUGGGCAUCGUUCCAGUAUCGUUCACCAAAGCAUCGUGUGCGAAGUACUUUCGAAAAAAGAACCCCAAGCGCCAGGCCCCAAGUCGACUGGGCUCUCCCAUCGGAUCCAAGCCGAAUAUGUCGUCGUCGGUCGGAGGCGGAGGGGGAGGCGGCGCGGCUUUGGCCGGAGGGGACGUCGCUGGCCUUCUGGACAAGGCCAAGGAGCUGGACCAGCUGCGGAAGGAGCAGGACGAUGUGGCCACCGAGAUCAAUAAGAUCCACAAGAAGAUCAUCUCCUCCCCAGAGAUGGUGGAUAAAUCAGUUGAUGCCAUGAUGGCUAGGCUUCGUGGUUUUUAUGUACAAGCAAGAGAACUCUCUGAGAGUGAAGUCAGUGUUUCAUCUGCUUUGGUUGGACUAUUAGAUGGUUUGUUGCAAUCUGGAGUUUCAGCUGCACCAAGAAAAAAGAUAGAAAUCAGUGAACAGAAAAAGAAGAGGAUGAAGUCUGAUACAGACACAACACGAUUUUCCUCUGCAUCUAUGAGGAGCCAACUUGACCAAGCUGCAAACCUUAAAGGAGAGCAGGUUGCAGCUAGGGUAAAAUCGGAUGAUGAAAAAGACGAGUGGUUUGUGGUGAAGGUUAUACAUUUCGAUAAGGAAACAAAAGAAUUUGAAGUAUUGGAUGAGGAGCCUGGUGAUGAUGAAGAGAGCGCCCAAAAGUUUGAGAGGAAAUACAAGUUGCCUAUGUCAUAUAUUAUUCCAUUUCCAAAGAAAGGAGAUCCGUCUAGUGCUCAGGAUUUUGGACAGGGUCGGCAAGUCUUAGCUGUUUAUCCUGGCACAACAGCAUUAUAUAGGGCUACCGUAGCCUCUCAACGUAAGAGGAAGUCUGAUGAGUACGUAACCUAUACUUCUACAACCUUCUAUGAUUUACAAUCUCUUAUUUGAUGACGACGAAGAGGAUGGGAAUCUACCAGAGAGAGCUGUUCCAUUUUACAGAGUGGUUGCGCUCCCGGAGGGCCAUCGGCAAUGAAAAACCUCGAUAUGGACAUCUGGCUUUGCUCUAGCAAAUGAUAGUGUGUACGAAGAUGACAGUUUUCGAGCCUGAUGAUGUCGUAAUCUUACUUUACCUGCAGCCGACAACUAGGUGCAGUUCAUAUGACUGUGCUACUGUACCAUUGUAUGUAUAUAUCUUGAGUUAGAGUUGGCUUGCAUGCCAUGUACUGUAUUUCAUAGGCUUUGCAAGUGGAAGGUUAUGUAAAUAGAAAUUGAUUGAGCGUUGUUUUAGAACAUUAAGUGGCCCUAUCAGAAUAUAUGUUUGCCUCACUUCACACGUUGUAAAAUACUUUGGUGACAAUCUGAUCAAUUACUCCUGGCUUCAACUAGAUUCCUACCUAUA